AUGCUUCAGAAACGUUCUCUGGAGGCAGUUGUUCCAAAUGGCGAAGAGUACUGGAUGGAUCGGAAUCUCACAGGAUUCUUGCUUCUAUUGCAGAAGAGUUACUUUCCAGGACUUGCAAGGCUAGAUCCCAACCCGGAGAGGAAGCCCUCCCAGAGAAGAGCUGGAGCCAAUACGCUGCCUCAUUCAGACACGCGUGGGAGCGUGUCACCUGUCACUCAGGGCCGGAGGGGGCGGGGCCUGGAGCCCUAUCCAAUCAGGGAGACCGGGGCGGGGCUGCGCAAUCAGGCGCUCGGCCAGAAAAGCCGCGGCGGCUUCCGGGUGCGCGGGCGUUUGUGUCCCGUGUCCCCACGUGCGUGGGUCGGCCCGUCGCCGCCGCCCUUCGCCUUCGCUCGCCGGGCUGCCGCAGGCUCGGCCGCAGCCUGGGGCCUCCCGUGGCCUGCAGGUGCCGAGGGACGCCCCGGAAGCCGGGAAAUGAACUCUGUUGCCUUUGAGGAUGUGGCUGUGAACUUCACCCAGGAGGAGUGGGCUUUGUUGGAUCCUUCCCAGAAGAAUCUCUAUAGAGAUGUGAUGCAGGAAACCUUCAGGAACCUGGCUUCUAUAGGAAACAAAGGGGAAGACCAGAGCUUCGAAGAUCAGUACAAAAAGUCCUGGAGAAAUCUAAGGCACAUCAUAUCUCACUCUGGAAACAACCCACAUAGGUGUGAGGAAUGUAGAGAGAAGCCAUGUACAUAUAAACAGUGUCAGAAAACAUCCCUUUCUGUCACAAGGGUUCAGAGAGACACAGUAGUGCACAUUGGAAAUGGACCUUCUAGCUGUAAAAUAUGUGAGAAAGUUUUUAAUAUUCCCAGUUUAUUUCAAAUACAUCAGAGAAAUCACACUGGAGAGAAACCCAAUGAAUGUACGGAAUGUGGGAAAGCCUUCGGAUUUUCCCGUUCUCUUAAUAGACAUAAAAGGAUUCACACUGGAGAAAAACCCUAUGAAUGUAAGAAAUGUGGUAAAGCCUUCAGUCGUUCCAGUCACCUUCAUGACCAUGACAGAACUCAUACUGGAGAGAGACCCUAUGAAUGUAAGCAGUGUGGGAAAGCCUUCCGCUAUUCCAAUGGCCUUCACUACCAUGAAAGAACCCACACUGGAGAGAAGCCUUAUGUGUGUGUGUGGAGUGUGGCAAAGCAUUAAGUUGUCUCAGUUCCUUGCAGGGACAUAUAAAGGCUCAUGCUGGUGAAGAACCGUAUGCAUGUAAGAAAUGUGGGAAAGCCUUCAGAUAUUCCAGUUCCCUUCAGAAACAUGAAAAAACUCAUACUGCACAGAAACCCUAUGUGUGUAAGAAUUGUGGGAAAGUCUACAGAUGUUCCAGUUACCUUCAUAACCAUGAAAGAACUCAUACUGGAGAGAAACCCUAUGAAUGUCAGAAAUGUGGUAAAGCCUUUAGUCGUGCUAGUACCCUUUGGAAACAUAAAAAAACUCAUAUUAGAGAAAAGCCCUAUAAAUGCAAAAAAACAUGAAGGUUUCAGUCAUUACAGUUCUUGUCAAAAACAUGAACAAUCACAUGCUUGAGAGAAACUCUGUGAAUGUAAGGUAUAGGACAGUACUUAACUUUCCCAGAUUUCUUCAAACACAUGAAAGGAAUCAAACUGGAGAUAAACCCUGUGACCCUAUAAGCAGUAUGGUAAAGCCUUUAAUUUUUCCAUUUCUUUCUAAAAACUUGAAAGGAUUCACACUGAAGGAAAUCCUAAUGAAUGUAUAAAAUGUGGUAUUGCAGGCAUUUGAUGGUAUAAAAACACCUGCAUUCUAGAGAAAAACUAUCAUUCUAGAGAAGAACUUUAUGAAUGUCUCAAAUGUGGGAAUGCCUGCAUUUAUCCUGUAACUCACUCGAAGACCUAUGGUAACACAUACUCCAGAUUGACCCUAUAAAUAAAAGAAUGCCCACCAGAUUGAAACCCUGGUAGCUUGGGAAAUACAUAAAAUUGUGAAUUUUAACAGUUACUUUAAAA